CGCAGCUGCAUGAACCGUGACUCAAUCUCAGGCCCCUUUCCCAAAAUGUGACGCAAAAUCAUCGAAAAAAGAUUCCCAUCCCGAACAAAGUAUUAAGUGAAAUUAUGAGCAUCAACUACGAACAAAAUGCCGCCGAUGAAAAGUUUGCCCAGGCACACAAAAGCGUCAGCCUCUCGGACGACGAGGGCAGCGAAGGCAAUGCAGAAACCCCGACAACAGCAGCAGCCUCAAUAGAUGCCGGCCAGGAGGAUGCGGCAGGUGGCUUGGUGUACAAUGAGAGCCAGGAGGGCGGCGCUGCAAACACCCACGUUGUGGCGCAUCAUUACAACGAGCUGAAGGAGGGCGGACGCAGGGAUCGACAGAAAUCGAAGAUAUUCUUCAUGCGCAACUUCAACAAUUGGCUCAAGAGCCAGCUGAUCAAUGAGUACAUGGCUCUGAUAAAGGAAUCGAAGCGCGUGGGCGAUGCACUGCGAGUGCUGGACAUGUGUUGCGGCAAGGGCGGCGACCUGUUGAAGUGGGAGAAGGCCGCCAUUACGCAUAUCAUUUGCACGGACAUUGCCGAGGUAUCGGUGGAGCAGUGCCAGCGCCGGUACCAGGACAUAUUGGAGCGCGCCGAGAAAUCCAAGUAUGCUAACAAAUUUACAGCCGAGUUCUUUGCCUGCGACUCAACGCUGGUGCGUCUCCGCGAGCGGUAUAAGGAUGUCACCCUGCAGCUGAAUCUAGUUUCCUGCCAGUUUGCAUUCCACUAUUGCUUCGAGUCGCCGGGCCAGGCCGAUUGCAUGAUGCGCAAUGCGGCCGAGUGCCUGGAGCCGGGCGGUUAUUUUAUAGCCACCAUGCCGGAUGCCUUUGAGAUAAUGCGACGAAAGCGCGAGGCUGGUCCAGAUGCCGAAAGCUUUGGCAAUGAUGUCUACAACAUUAAAUUCGACUGCGAGACGGAUCCACUGCCGCUGUUCGGCGCAAAGUAUCAGUUUCAUUUGGAGGGCGUCGUGGAUUGUCCCGAAUUUCUAGUCCAUUUCCCCACUCUGGUCAAGCUGGGCCGCAAGUAUGGCCUUAAACUGGUCCGUAAGACCACAUUUGCCGACUACUACAAGGAGGUGCUGCCCCAGGGUAAAAAUCUACUGCAGCGUAUGUCCGGAUUGGAGUCCAUACAGCCGCAGCGCUGUGGCAAUGAUGAACAAUUUGCCCAUGUCCAGGAAUUUCAGGCAUCACAGCGGGGCAGACCGCUGGGUACACUCUCCAAAUCCGAGUGGGAAGCAACAACUCUGUAUCUGGUGUGUGCCUUCAAGAAAUGCAAAAAUACCUGGGAUGCCAAUGGCAAGCCCGUAUUUGAGUUUGACGACUGAAUAUCGCCCCCCAACCACUCGCUCAGCAAUAUCGCAUUAUAAAAUUCUUUAAACAAUAUAGUACUCAAUCGCAUGAACAGAAACUAGUUUUAAGCUCAAACCGCAUGUUAAAAAAUAUAUAAUUACAAAGAACAAUGGCAACUAAAUGUAAUAGGAAUCUUUUGUAGUCUUUUUUUGAAAUAAUUUUGUUGUAUCCUUUAUACUUUUGUAUAAUUAAAAGUUGUAUCCAUGUAUCAUCAAUUUAAAAUUAUGAAAUUAUACUUUGCUUGUGUUUAUUAAGCGUAAGUGAAAAUUAAUAUAAAAUGUUCUAUUAUAUACUAUAUUCAUAUAUUAUACUAUUUGACUGCAAAAUGGCCAAUCUUUAAAUGUUUUCUAGAAUUUGCUAAUGUUAUGUCUUGGCUAAAAGAAAGAAUUCUGCUUGAUCACAUAGUGGGUAAUACAUAUGUAUUUAUAAAAUAAAAGGAAUUGUUUGAUAGGAUUUGUUUGAUGAAUGUUGAAUGAGAUCUUCUGAUAGCAUGAGAACAGAAUAAUAUAUAAACAAAUUUAUAAAUAAA